AUGUCCUCGACCGUGUCGAGAACCGAGAUCGACAUUCGCAUGGCCGACGCCCAGGUGGCGCCGGGCUUGGCCUCGCCGGAGGGUACCAUCGUUCCCUCCGAGCCCAACACUCGCUGUCCCUCCUUGCGAUCAUUACACUAUGACAAGAUGUCUUCGCCGGUCUCUCCAUCUUCUCCGAUCAAGAACGAUGCUGAAUACGACUGGCCCACGCCCUCUACCCUCGUCGACGGAAAAGAGACCGUCAAGGGAUCGCCGGAGCCACUCAACCUGCCACCUAUCUUACAGACAAUCGAAAUCGAACUGCCGGAUCGACCCUACUCUGCCUUCUCGAACAAGAUGAAGUGGAUCAUUGCAUUGCUCUGCGGUGCCGGUGCUAUCAUCUCCCCGCUCAGUUCCAACAUCUUUGUACCAGCUAUCCCCUCUAUGGCCGAUGCCUUCGGUCACUCCGAGGAGCACAUUGCUCUCGGUGUAUCCGUCUAUCUUGUCUUCCAUUUCCUUGGUGCCGCCAGCGACAGCUUCGGCCGACGACCAGUGUACCUCGGAACGAUGUUCCUGUACCUCAUGGCCAACAUUGGACUCGCUCUGACCCCGACCAACGCCUACUGGCUGCUUCUUCUCAUGCGUGCUCUCCAGGCAACAGGAGGCAGCGCAGUCAUCUCCAUCGGUGCCGGCGCGAUCUCCGACAUUGCAGAGCCGCGCGAGCGAGGCAAGUUCAUGUCGAUUUUUCAGUGCGGAGUCAUGCUGGGACCCUCCAUCGGACCGCUGCUCGGUGGUGCCUUCUCCCAGUCUCUCGGAUGGCGUGCCAUCUUCUGGUUUCUGACGAUCCUCACUGGAUGCCUGCUUAUCCCCUUUUUCUUGCUGUAUCCUGAAACCUUGAGGCCCAUUGUCGGGGACGGCUCCGUCACGCCGCCGCGCAUCAACAGAGGCCCCUUUUAUCGGUACCAGCACAAGAUCAUGGAGAAGCGUCUCGAGACUGAGGGCCUCAAGGGUGUCCCGCAGGUUCUUCCCAAGCGCCGUCAAUUCGAUCCGCUCAGCACGUUCAAAAUCCUCCUCGUCCCUGAGAUUCUCCUCACGUUCAUCGUGUCUUCGAUCCCGUAUGUCGAGUUUUACUGCUGCCUCACAAUUUUCUCAACUGUCCUGAAGGAGAAGUAUGGUCUCAAUGACCUCAUGGUCGGUCUCUGCUACCUUCCGUCAGGGGCUGGUACCAUCAUCUCGACAAUCCUUAAUGGCAAGCAGGUCGACUACUUCUACCGACGCGAGGAGAAGCGGUGUGGCGGUGACCAUCGCGUCCGACCCGACUUCCGAGUCGAGCUUACACGCCAUCGCUGCCUGUGGCCCUUCAUCAUUGGCUUUUGUUUGACUGCGAUUGCCUUCGGAUGGGCCAUGGAGUACACUGCGCCGCUCGCAGUGGUUCUCGUCCUGCAAUUCCUCAUCGGGUGUGGCACGAACUUUAACUCGACUGUCACCAUCUAUGGCCAGGACGUAGUUCCGGGGCGAGGAGGGGCCGUGUCGGCUAGUCUGAACCUGGUGCGCUGCGCCCUCGCUGCGGUCGGGACUGCCACUGUGCAGCUAAUGUACAACGCUAUGGGCGUGGGCUGGACCUUUGUGCUUCUCUCCGGUCUUAGUCUGGUAGUCCUUCCGCUCUCAUUCCUCGUUGUUGCCAGGGGCGGCAAGUGGAGGGAGAAGCGCAAGGACAGGCAGGCUGAGAAGGAGCGCAAGAAGGCAGAGGCUGAGCGCACCGAUAACGCGAUUGAGCGAGUAGUCUCCGAGGUCGCCGAAUCGCCCGACACGCUAGUGCAAGCCACCCCGAGGUCCUCAUACGAGAAGAAGAUCCUCGGAACGCAAGAGAUGCAGGCGAAGAAGCUCCCCGAGGCGACCGUGUAA